AUUCAAACAUACUUUAUUAAUUGUUCCCUAACAACAUAUUUAAACAUGCCAUAUUAACUGUUAAGGCAUUUUAAUACAGAGGAUUUGGAAGAAGAAGAAAAAAUAGAAGAUUUGGACUUAGAGACUUUAACAAACAAAAUUGAAAAGAAGGUCUCAAUUGAGUCAGAAAAAAAAGUAAGAGGUAUUAAUUGAUUUUACAUGAGAAGUCCAGGGGUUUCUAAAAAAAAAUUAGAAAUGAUAUUUCAACCCAUGGCGCUUCAAUCCAAUCAGCCUUAUCCGAUUUUCUCUCAGCUUUAUGAAGGAAGAAUAGCUCAGGGCCUGCUUAAGGGGACUCCUGUGAUCUUUAAGGUUUAUCCUGGGAAACAAGGUGGUGGUGUUGAGGCUGAUAUAAUGGCUGCCAAUGAACUCAAUACUCAUGCAUUCCUCCAGAGCAGUCCAAGAGGUAUAUGUAAGAAUAUCCUAUUACUUCUUGGUGGAUUUGAGACAAAAACCGGGGAACAGUGGCUUGCUUUUCGUAAUGAUGGAAAGUAUAGUGCGGCAGAUUAUGCAAAAAUUACAAGCAACCAAAUAUCAAGAACUCGCUCUCUAGGAGAAAAGUCACUUGGUCCUUCUGAGCAGAACCAAACAAUUAAAAGCAGAAGGCAUUUUGUUGUUAAGAUACUCCAAGGUGCCAUGAGUGGAUUAGCCUACAUGCAUAAUCAUGAUAGAUUGCAUCAGAGUCUUGGACCAGCUUCUGUUGUUCUCAAUACCAUAAUAGAGAGUGAUGCUACUUACUUAGUACCAAGAGUUCGGGAUCUAGCCUUUUCUGUUGACAUCAGCUUUUCAAAUUUGGAAGAAGAUCCAGGAAGACUUUCAGAGGGACUUUGGAGGAGAGCAGUUGCUGCUGGUGCUGUCACACCUAUGGAGAAAAGAGCCUUUGGAAUUGCAGAUGAUAUAUAUGAAGCGGGUCUUCUUUUUGCAUACUUGGCUUUUGUUCCAUUUUGUGAAGCAGGAACCAUGGAUAGCCUUUCUUUGCAACGGCUUUUGGAAAGCACUUUCCAACUUGAUGUAAUGGCAACAAGAGAGUAUUGUUUAGCCGAUGACCGCUUGCUAGAAGCUGUCAAAUUUCUGGAUCUCAGUAAUGGUGCUGGUUGGGAACUGCUUCAGGUUAACUAACAUUCUGAAAUUUAUUAUUAUUGCCAAUAAUUUUUGUAAUUUACC